CGGACAUGGAGGUCUCGAACGUGCGCAUGGGCCUCCGGCGCAAGGCGUCCCGGGGCGGGAAGCGGUUUAGCCUCGCGGGCGCGCCGUCGACGAAGGGUGCGCCGAUCCGCCGGACCAUCUUGACGCCAGCCAUGCGCCUCGAGGAAGAGACAAUGGCGGCGAAAAUGGUCCAGCGCAUGGCACGAGCGCGCUUGGCUCGCAACGCAUUUCGCCGCGUCCUCUGCGAGGUCUACCGCAAGGUCUACGAUCAAACCAACAAGCAAGUGCGCUACGUGGACGCCCGGACAGGUCGCUCGACAACGACCAAGCCUCUCUUGCUGCGGCUAUUGCAGUGCGACGGCCAAGAGGUCUUCGAGCCCGUGUUGCCCCAUGACGCGGCGCUACGCAUUCAGCGCCAGUUCAAGACGUGGCGAACGCGGCUACUGCUCAAAGACAUGAUUCGCGACUUGUACCAGAAACACAUGGACCCCGAGACGAAAAACUACUAUUACAUCAACACCCAGACGCACGAAGUGUUUCAUUCCAAGCCCGUCUUUCUUGGCGACGAUGACAUUGAGAUUGAGCGGUUCAAGUACCGAAAUGCCACCUGUCGCCUCUCGACCCGAUCAAAUCUGAAUGGAAAUGGCGUUGCCGUGCUCUACAACAGUGUCGUGUGCGUGCUGACCGACUAUUUUACGCUGCCCGACGAAGACACGGCGCGCUACUCUCGUGUUCAAUUCAACUACAAACCAGGGGGCAUUCCGUUCAUGGUGCGGCUGCGCAGCGACGUCUUCUUCAUGACGUCGCAAGUUGACAGCAUCCACCAAGCGGCCAUGCCCGAGCUUGAUUUUACACUGUGUGCGCUCGAUCAAGACGAAUUCGGGUCGGCCUCGGGCGAGUCGGUCGAAGCCAUUCGCUUGGCAUUUACGGACCGCCGUCUCUGCUGUGCCCAGGAUGUGCUUCGCCACGAAGAGGUCGAGAUCGUCGGCCACCCCCACGGCAAGCAGACGUGCUCCAACCGCAACCACGUGGAUCAGUUUCUCCCCAAUUUGGUCAACGCCAAACGACUUCGGUACCAGGUGCCCAUGGAGUCAGGGGCGUCGGGUAGCCCUGUCUUCAACUUUGGGGGCCGACUGCUGGGCAUUCAUCAUCAACACUCGCUCAAGGACGCGCCGCUCGAGUGCACGCUCGUCAAGUGUGUAGCUUUGUUGUGCGUACAAUUGCCGCCCGUGCCGCUCUUGCUAACGUCGCGCCUCGGCCACGACUCGGUCAACCUUUACUGGCACCUCCCGCCGACGUACAAGCCACUGAACGGCCUCCCGAUUCAAUUCACGCUCGAGGUGUGCUCCCGCAAAGACAAGCGGUCGCGCGGCUACUACGAUCGGUUUGAAGUGGUUUAUACGGGCACGAAACUCACGUUUACGAUGUACGGCCUCUCGCCCGCAACGUUGUACGCAGCCCGGUGUCGGAGCUUUCACGUCAUGGAGAAGGGUGCAUGGUGCCCUCCGAUGCAAUUUAUUACACUCGACGCCCCCACGAACGCGUGGCAAGUGGCCCAGUGCACAUCCAUCCGCGAUGCGCUGCGCUUCUUGCGCGACUCGACCGACGUGCUCGUGCACCGCAAAGCCAUCCAGUGGCUGCGCAACGCCUGCGACCAUAUGUUUGAAGGCAAGGACGACGAUGACGACGACGAUGAUAGUAGCAACAACAAUCCUGCGACACUGUGGCACGACAUCGAGUCCGAAUGGAUCGCGGGAGGUGCGUUCGAGGUGCUCCAAGCCUCGAUCGAUCGUUUCCGCCAUGCGAUGGACCACGUCCUCGACUGCCUCCUCGUGCUCGGCCACGUGAGCAGUUUUCGGACCACGUUUCGCGAUCGUCUCGUAAACAUCCCGCAUCUGCAGUGGCUCCUCGACCUCUUCCACACCUUCCGCAGCGAAGCCCGCGUCAUGGAAGCCGGACUCGCUUUUCUGGGCUACUGCAUCAAAGAUUUUGAAACCGGCAAGCAAGUCUUUAUGGCGAUCCACGCCAUGCCGCGCGUGCUCGACCUCAUCGAGACGCACCCUGCCGACGACGGCGUCGCCCGCGAAGCGUCGUACGUCCUCGCGGCACUCUGCCAGAAUUUUCCGCCAGGACAACAGCUCAUGGGCAUGCAUCAAGGCAUCCGCGUCCUCUCCAAGGUCCUCGCUGCGUUCCCGUACCACCCCAAAGUGCUCUACUGGGCAUGCCUCGCGCUGGGCAACGUGGCGUGCGAUUUUCCGGCCAACCAAGCGCGGGGCCAAAAGUACCACAUUGUCAACUGCCUCGUGCAGAGCAAGAUCAAAUUCAUCAUGAAGCGAGACGCGCUCAGUGACGCGAUCGCCAAGGAGGUCGACAUCCUCGAAGGGCUGCACGCGACGGCGAUCGGCGAAGAAGCCCGCAACGUCAUCGAGAGGCACGAAACCCGCUUGGACGGACUGCGCGCCAUGUACAACUAUAUGGAAAGCGAAAACGUCAUUGGUGUCGCCAACUACGCCCUCGACUACAUGAUGAACGACGAGCAAAAGGCGAUCCAAGAACGCACGCGCCAUCUUGCGCGCAAGAUGGGAGCGGUCUACCUCCAAUCGGCGCUUCAGCACUGGAAGCGACAAACGGACAAGGUUCACGAUGGCGCGGUCUUGCGGGCGUUCCUCUCGCGUCUCCAGGAGCGAGAGCUCUACGCAGCGAUGCGCCAAUGGGAGUGCGCGAACCGCCAGCUCCGCGUCGAGCAGCAGACGUUUGCAGCGACAUUGAAGCAAACAGGCCUCGCACUCAACUUGGGCAAGAAAAAGGCAGAGCGGUACCGCCUCAUGGUCCUUAGCAAGUAGUAAUCCAUGCGGUCAUAGACUUCAAUGCACUGUCGCAUCAUUCUCGGGCUUCAUCAUACAUGACAGCACACUAGGAUAUGUGGA